CCAGGUAACCGGGUGGUGUGGAGAGCUCUCACUCCUAUUCGGCGCCCAGAUCAAGGAGGGCGUCUACCUUCGCGGGCUCGGAGGCGGUCACUUCAGGGAUCUCGAGCUAGUGGACGCUUAGAGCUCCCCCAGCCGGGGGAUGUGGCAUCGGCUCGACCCGGAACUGUCCGGCCGGCGGGAGCCCAGAACGCUGCAUGGGCCAGAGGAGCCGCAGGCGCCCAGGCAAGCUCGCCAGUGCGGGGAAAGGAGGAGGACGCGGGCGCCCCAGGGACAUGACAGCUUCUUCUCGAGACCCCAAGGACCAGGAGCUCUCGGGAACUGAGAUCGGCGGGGCAGGGGUGCGGGAGCAGAGGAAGACCCUGGAUGAGGAAAAGGAGGAGGAGGAGGAGGAGGAGAAAACUUCAUCACUCUCUCGGGACCCACUGUCCCGAGGGGCGCAGUUACUACGCGCGGGGAGAACUAGCGGGGACAAGGACAGUACGGAGUGGGAGGAGGAUCCCGAGCAGCGUCCACCCCCGUGGGGGAGGUCGAGCAGCAGCACGGCGUCCCUGGUGAGCGGGCUGCUCACUGAGCUGUAUAGCUGCCCAGAGGAGGACGAUGGGUUGGGGGGCAACUGGGGCCGGGGACGCGGGGGACGACAGGACAGCGUGGACAGUUCCACCGAGGCCUCGGGCGGCUCCGACGCCUUCCUAGGCGGCCGCGUCCUGCAGGAGCUGCUGAAGAGGCAGAGCCAGAGGCACCAGCUCCAGUACCUGGGGCAGAAAGAUAUUGGUGAACUGAAGGCAACUCUUCGAGAGCUGACGUAUAGCAUCGCUCUUCAAUCGGCAAAGUUGCUUCGUCACCUGAAGCAAAAAGAUCGGCUUCAGCACAAAGUGCAGCAGAACUGUGACAUCGUGACGGCGUGCUUACAAGCUGUGUCCCAGAAGAGAAGGGUUGACACGAAGUUGAAGUUCACUCUUGAGCCAUCUUUAGGUCAAAAUGGCUUUCAGCAGUGGUAUGAUGCUCUCAAGGCUGUAGCCAGACUUUCAACUGGAAUACCAAAGGAAUGGAGAAGAAAGGUUUGGUUGACCUUGGCAGACCACUACUUGCACAGUAUAGCCAUUGACUGGGAUAAAACCAUGCGCUUCACUUUCAAUGAAAGAAGUAACCCUGAUGAUGAUUCCAUGGGAAUUCAGAUAGUAAAGGAUCUUCAUCGAACAGGCUGCAGCUCAUACUGUGGCCAGGAGGCAGAACAAGACAGAGUGGUAUUAAAGAGAGUUCUGCUAGCCUAUGCCCGAUGGAACAAGUCUGUUGGGUAUUGCCAAGGCUUUAACAUCCUGGCUGCGCUUAUCUUAGAAGUGAUGGAAGGCAAUGAAGGAGAUGCACUGAAAAUCAUGAUUUACCUCAUUGAUAAGGUACUUCCAGAAAGCUACUUUGUUAAUAAUCUUCGGGCAUUAUCUGUGGAUAUGGCAGUCUUCAGAGAUCUCUUGAGAAUGAAACUUCCUGAAUUAUCUCAGCACCUGGAUACUCUUCAGAGAGCUUCAAACAGGGAAGGAGGAGGUGGAUAUGAGCCCCCACUUACAAAUGUCUUCACCAUGCAGUGGUUCCUGACCCUCUUUGCUACCUGCCUCCCUAAUCAUACAGUUUUAAAGAUAUGGGAUUCUGUCUUCUUUGAAGGUUCUGAAAUCAUACUGAGGGUAUCCCUGGCAAUCUGGGCAAAAUUAGGAGAACAGAUAGAAUGUUGUGAAACAGCUGAUGAAUUCUACAGUACCAUGGGAAGAUUGACUCAGGAGAUGCUGGAGGACAAUCUAAUUGAAAGCAAUGAACUCAUGCAGACUGUUUAUUCCAUGGCCCAGUUCCCUUUCCCUCAAUUGGCAGAGCUAAGGGAGAAAUAUACCUACAACAUCACUCCGUUCCCAGCCACAGUCAAACCCACUUCGGUUUCUGGACGGCUUGGCAAGAACAGAGACAGUGAUGAAGAGAAUGACCUAGAUGACGAGGAUGCUAUUGUCAAUGCAGUUGGAUGUCUUGGACCUUUCAGUGGAUUCCUGGCCCCAGAACUACAGAAGUAUCAAAAGCAAGUUAAAGAUCCAAGUGGAGAACAGAGUCAUGGCUCUAAUAACAUUGCUGAGCUAAGCCCUGGAGCAAUCGAUUCUUGUCGCAGUGAGUACCAUGCUGCCUUUAACAGCAUGAUGAUGGAGCGCAUGACAACAGACAUCAAUGCCCUGAAGCGGCAAUAUUCCCGAAUUAAAAAGAAGCAGCAGCAGCAGGUUCACCAGGUGUACAUCAGGGCAGGCUCCAAAGAAGAAAAAGAUCUUGGGGUCUUGUUAAAUUCCAAGGACCACCCGACCAAUGAUAAAGGGCUAGUGACCAGUCUCCUCCCAUCUCAGGUAAAUCAUUCUCCAGUUAUAAAUCACCUUCUUUUGGGAAAGAAACUGAAAACGACUAACAGAGCUGCCAAAAAUGCGGUCAUCCAUAUUCCUGGUCACACAGGAGACAAAUUGUCUCCCAUUCCCCAUGAAGACCUUAAGACCAAACUCAACUCUCCUUGGCGUACCCACAUCCGUGUUCAUAGGAAGAACGUAAGUAGGACCAAGAGCCAGCUGGGCUGUGGGGACACUAUCGGGCUGAUUGAAGAGCAGAAUGAAGGCUGUAAGACCACCGGCCUGGGAGCAGCAGAGAAUAUGCCCCCCACCAGCGUAGAGAAGGCUGGGAAAGAUGGCGGCAGCUCUGAAGACAGCACGAGUAGGACAGUUGAGGGACAGUCUCCUGAGCCUGUGUUUAGAGAUGCCAAUGCAAAUGUGGCAGAGGUCCAGCUGAAGCUAGAAUCUUUGGAGCUGAAUGAAGGGAGUGCUGCCGAAACACAACCCAGAGCUAACCAGACCUGCCCCCAGCAUGGACCCGAGCCAUCAAUCCCUGUCAAGCCUCCCCAAGCCAGCUAUCCAAAAGCACCCGUCUUUAGCCCCUUCCCUAGUGUCAAGCCACUUCGGAAAUCAACCGCGGCCAGGAAUUUGGGAUUAUAUGGCCCAACAGAAAGAACCCCAACUGUCCACUUCCCCCAGAUGAGCAGAAGCUUCAGCAAAUCGUCCAGUGGUAACAGCAGUACUAAAAAGCGAUGACAUCCUAUUGGCGCUGUACGGUCUGGGCCAUUCCUUUUUUUUGAUAGUGCUGUGGGUGUUCAGUCUCACAAUCUGCAAAAGAAUUUUUAUUUUCCAGGUCAAAAAAAAAAAGCAAAGGGUUGGGCAGAGAAGAGUGCAAAAACCAGCGUUAUGAGAAUUGUAAUUCUCCCAACAGGAGUUAGAAAGGAGAGUUGCAGUGUGGGACAGAGAGUGACCAUGUCCAUAUAGGAAACAAAGGGAGUAAAGAAGAUUUUGUGGAACAGUAGACUUGUGUGGUUUUGAUGUGAAGGAUGUUUCUACUUUUUCAUUGUGAGCUGUUUAGAAAGGCUUAUCUUUCUCCAGACUGUUAACCCUUGUUCCUUCCUCCUAUGUUGUGGGCCUCUAGGGUCCCAGUGACCACUCUCCAAACUUCCAGUUUGUAUAUUUUAUCAGCAUUCACACAGGUACACAUUUGCUUGCUGUGACAAGAACUGUGGAAUAUAAGAUUUCUUAUCAGUUUCACCAGCUUCCUUCUUCCCCGUGUGUAUAUGUGUGUGUAUGUGUGUGUGUGUGUGUGUGUGUGUAUACAUAUUUGCAUAUGAAGGCAUGUUUUCCCUGUGAUGAUUUCUUGUAGCUAGUGUCAAAUUUUCAUUUUAUCCUCAUGCCAAAAGGCCUGGGUGGAAAUCUAGAAAGCCUUUCUAUAACUUUGUAAUUUUGCCUAGUUACCUACUGAAUGCAAAACAGUUUCAUUUGUGGACCCCAUGUCUGGCUUACAAUUAUACUCGUAACUCCUGAUCCACAGAACGUGGUUGGGUUGUGCAUUAAUAGCACUUGGUGUGUGUGCUUUCUUCCCAUUGAACAAUUCCCAAGUUGCUAAAUUUGAUUCAUUUUAAAUUUCUUUCACCUCACGGAUGUACUCCAGUUGUCACUGGUAUUCAUGACUCAAUAGUUGGUGAUUUAGUUUGUUAAGACAUUCUCAGUGUGCUACAAGCGUGCACAGAUACCGUGAUGGCUCUUGCACUCAAGGGGUGUUCAUCUUCAAAAGCUAAGACAAAUGUAGCUACAAAUACACUGGUUACUUGAAACCUGGGCUCUUGUGGAGAGAGCACUUUGUCACCAGAAUAUGGCUUUGUUUCAGAGGAGGGCGACUAUGUUCUCAAUCUUUGCCUUGUUCAUUCAUCACCAGGGCAGAGCCCUCUGUAAGCAAGAAUACAGCCGCUAUCUCCACUUUACAGAUGGAAAGUGAGCCGCUCAUACACGCCAGUGAGUCAAGAUAAACAUCCCCUGGUGAUCAUUUUGACUUAGACCUGUCUCCUUCAAUUGAUAAGCAGGUACACUGGUCACAACAAUGUCAUCACUGACACUGAAAAGCCAUUUGCCAGGACUGUGUAAGUGACCCCAAGACCUGUGGGGUAGGUUUUUUUCUGCCAAAUGGGACAGAGUCCUGCCAUGGAGUGCCAGGGAACCAACUCAAAUUUUCUGAGCCUUACAAGGGAGCUUAUUCUUCAUGCAGCUGUCUUUUGGCAAAACAGGAGGUCCAUUUCUCCUGCAAUCUCUCAAAGGAAACAGAUUGAGCCUCUUUCAGCUUAGUCUGCAAAAAGCAGGCGGAGACGCUUUUAGAAUUGCAAGAAGCAUGAAUUCUAUUGCACUUGGGUUGCUGAUGCUGAAACUAAAUUUUUAUAAUGAUCUUUUUAGGAUGAAAAGGAUGUGAUUUGUGUGGGGGUAAAGGGAAGAUUAAAAAUGAUGCAUACAGUGAAGGAAAGAGAGCAUUAUUAUUUUAUCUUCCCUUUUCUCCCCCUCCCCCAAGAACUAAAAAUCGAAAAAAUAUGACAAAUAAUUCAUGGCAGCUUUUAUCUUGAGUUUCAUGACCUCCAAAGGCAACUUCUCAGGAAAAGGAGAGAGUGGAGGCCUACUUGAGAUGUCUCCCACCCCCACCCCCAAAGAGACCACUUUUUCCGAAGUGAGAUUGGAGUUUUUCUUCCAUCAGUUAGAUUCUAAGGAUAAAAAUAGCACCACCUAAAGUCUAUUUCAUCCUCCAGUCUCUCCCCACUCACCUAAGUGACUCAUAACCCUCAUUUACUCACUGCAACUUUAACUAUCUCUGGCUCCAUUUCAGAAUGUAUCUCAAUCCUUUCUUCUUUGGGUUGAAUUCAUGACCAGCCCAAGACAAAGAACAGAGGUUCUGAAUCUGGGGCCUGUAAAUUUGUUUUUUUUUUUUUUAAAUUGAUUAACUCUAUUUCAAUAUAAUUGCUUUCCUUCGUAUGUUAUUUUAUGCUUUUAAAAAUGUGAUUCUGAAAGGGGAUUCAUAAGCUUCACAAGAUUUGCCAAAGAGGUCCAUGACACAAAGAAGGUUAAAAACUGACAUAGAAGGAGAAAAGGCAGUGAGGCAUCUCUUUUCCUUAAGGAUUGGAGCUAGUCUACUGAAAUCUGAAUCCUAGUCUCAGUUCAUUGGUCCUCUAAGGACUUCUUCUGAUCCUUUCCAGGGAUUGAUAUGCUUAGUUCUUAAGAGGGAAGUCCACCAUUUCAGUACCUCAUUCACUGUAACAAUUCCUCUGAAUCAAGACGACCCAGACUUUAAAAAAAUUCUGUUCCAGGUAUUAAAAAAAAAAUUAGAGUUGACAGAUUCUUUUUAAAGAAGACUUUUGUACCAGCCAAACUCUCAUUCAACUCAACAAACAUUUAUUAAGAGCGAGGCAGUGUGAAAAGACUGGCCUAAAACAUUCUGUAUUCCAGGUAAUUACAACUAUGAAUCAAUUAGAUUAGGCCCCCUUUCCUGCUUUAUAGACUAAAACAAGCCUGUGUAGAAUUAUACUGUAUGUAGAAAGACUUAUUCUAGUCACUGUCACCCUUUUACACAUUGGGAUUGGUAUGCAGCCAGCAGAAGUAAUUAAAGGUCUCUUUAUUUCCAGCUUUAUUGAUACUGUAUUCUCAAGCAUUUCCCUUGGGAGUUGAUUCAUUUAGAUGUUUUUGCACCUCCUUUUCCCUCUUAUGUCAAUCUUUGAAAUACCUGAAUCUAAUUGUGCAUGUUUACAACAUUAUAUUGCUUCCGACCUUCACCCCCUUUCUGUGGAAAGCUAUAUGGAUCACAAAAGUGUAUACAAGGUACUUCUCACCAUGGCAUGUUGAUGGAUGCCCUUUCAUAACUCCAAGCAGACGUAGAACAGCUCAUGUCCCUUCCACCCAUUCACCCAGACUCAGAAAGCAUUGUAAGAUGCAGCUACUAUAAAGCAUGGAUGAACACAGGUUUGCCCAUUGUCUUGUCAAUGAUGGAUUCUGAUGGCAGCUUAAAGCACUUUUUAACUCGGGGAACAGAGUUGGGAGGUGAUCUUUAAGAGACAGGAUUUUAGCUCCAAUUUAGCCCCAAUUGGGAUGGUGAUGUUGUAAGAAUCUCAGUGAAGGAGGAGUAUCUGAACUGAACACAAUUUGGAGUUGUGGGACCAAGAGGAGCAUGAUGAUUGGACUUUUCCUUCUGGGGUGUGUGUGUGUGUGUGUGUGUGUGUGUGUGUGUGUGUGUGUGUGUGAUUAAGAAGCUCAUUUUGAAAGUUUAUAUUAUAUCGGAUGCCUUCUGCAUGGCAAGUAGUCCGGAUGAAAGUUGGAAUUGGCAGGUGGGUGAAUGGAAAGGAUGGAGGAGGGCAUUUAUAAGCAUAAAGAUACAUUGAAUGUCACUUUAAAAAUGAUCUGAUGUUUUCAUAGUAUACAGUCCACCUAUUUUGAAGUCUGUGCUUUUUACUGUGCAUCUCACUGGGAUAUUUUGUGACUGAUAUUUUCUUGUCUUUUGUCAGGCCUUUGUGGAAAAACCAAAACAAUUUUUUUCCUGUUUAAAUACUUAAAGAAUGAUUAUGAUUAAUAAAACUGUGAAUUUUG